UCAGUUGCGUUCUUUCUUCACCAGGUUUCGGUUCAACCCUUCUACAAUUGAGAAUUCUGAGUCGGGUUGUAUUGAGAAUGGCAACAGAAAACAGUCCACCCGAGAAGCAACCAUCGCCUACUGCCGUGAAACCAGCCAUCACUUCAUGUCGAAAGAAGAAGUCAGACGAUGCUACUUUCAUGGAGGAUUUGAAGGACCACAUCGACGAGUUCAUUCAAGCUUCCAUGGACGAGCACGAAACAUGCUUUAAGAAAACCAUCCAAAAGAUGUUCGGGAUGUCAAAAGUUGUUGCUGAAAGGAGCACUGAAACGAAGGAAGUGGAGAGUUCUCUUCCCCUUCAAACUACCAUGGCCGACUAGUUAUGUAGUACCGGUCCUUUUUCCACAUCUUGAUGUAAUGUUUCGCGGUAAUGAGAAUCGCAAUUAUUAGUAUGAGAUUAUGGUGUUACUUAUGGUGGGAUUAUGUAUGUUUGGAGUUCACGAUGCCGGAUCUGUCAUGUUAUGAUAAUUGUUAACUUAGUUUGUUUUCUGAA